AUGGAAGAUGGUCAAAAUGUGAUUUGCAUAAACUUCCCCAUGGGCUCAUUUCCAAGGUCUUUUACCUUUGUGUUUGAACUGAAGCUUCCCACCCCUGGCGCAACUGUAGGGACCGGUCCUUCUGCUGCCUCAACUUUCCCUGCCGCGCCUGCCCCACGCGGUCCCCGAGCCUCCACGCCCUCGCUGGCCUCCCUCCAGAGGUGCACGUCUUCCGCGGGCCCCUUACCUCGCACUGACAACUCCUGGCAGGGACUGGAGCUGACCGCGGUGGCAGCAUCUGCGGUGGAGCCUGCGCCCGGCUUCUGGCUCAUGGUUGAUCCUCCUCAUCCGACACAAAGAGGUAGCUCGCUGGCUUUGUCCUUUCCAAAUCCCAGUGAAAACUUAUUUUUUUGCCCCGAAAAGGCCAACUUGUGCGCGCCGCUUCCUGUCACAGUGCCCCCUGCCCCCGCCCCCUCUGGGCUGCGUGCUGGACCACUGCCCGGUGGCAGAGCAUCCAGGCCUCCGAGUCAGUGGGGAGUGGGGAAAGGGAGGGUGGGAGGGGAGAAAGGGAGGAGGUGGGGAAAAGGGGAGACCCGGGGGUCUGCGGAGAGGAGGGGAGCAGCUCCCAGUCUACUCCCUCUCCUCCUUUUCUUUACAGGCAAACCCACUUCCCAGGCUCAGAAGCAACUUUCCUUCCUUCACCUUGUCCAGGCUGAAACAGUCGCAUCUAAUUGGGACUCCCUAGAAAUGGUUGUCUUUCUGGUUUGGGGGCCAUAUCCAGCUGUGUUCAGAGCUAAUUCCUGAUUCUGUGCUCAAGGAUCACAACUGGCAGGUCUCAGGGGUGCUAGAUGUUGAACUGGGUCA